AUGCCCGAGCCGCCGGCGCCAUCGCCAUUCCACCAGGCAAGUAAUCGAAAGCAAUGCUUUCUGAAUGUGCGGUUUCGGCUGCUGGUGGGGAUUGGAGGUGGAGCACCAGCUCUGCUGAGCAAUGAUCUGCUCGAGGAUCUUCAUCUUGGAGAUGUCGUUGUUAGCUGCCCAGGAGUCAACCAUGGUACGGGAGUGGUCCAAUAUGACUUCGGCAAAACUAUCACAGAAGGCAACUUUAUCAAGACUCGGACAAUCAACAGGCAGCCCGCGCAGAUAAUGUCCGCGGUUGCGAAACUCAAUGCCGAACACCUUGCAAGGGGGAAUUCAAUCUGCACUGCACAUGAUUAUUAUUCGACGCAGACUACAAUCAUAAUAAAUCUGGAGAGAACUGUGAACAGUGUGACACACGACGGUUACUCACGCGGAUCUCGAGAGACGAGGGAACCUGUCGUUCAUUAUGGCCUCAUUGGCUCAGCAAAUAGGGUUAUGAGGGAUGGGAUCACGCGAGAGACGCUCCGACAGGAACAUGGAAUUCUUUGUUUUGACAUGGAGGCUGCAGGAUUGGUGGACAAUUUCCCAUGCCUUGUUAUACGAGGGAUUUGUGAUUACUCUGACAGUCACAAAAACAAGCGCUGGCAGCCAUAUGCUGCCGCGGCUGCUGCCGCAUAUGCGAACGAGCUUUUGAAUAUCGCACCUCCUGUUGUUUGA